GAAGAUCUUAAAGAUGCUUCUUAAGCAGAAAAAUGAGCAUCAUCACGGACAUAACCAUUUUGCCUCGGAGACACUUCCUUCCAAGAAGGACCAGGAGGAGGGUGUGACAGAGAAGCUGCAGAAUGGGGAUCUGGACCACAUGAUUCCUCAGCACUGCAACAGCGAGCCCCAUGGCAAGGCCCUGGAUAUGGACAGGAAGGUCAUCGUGGGCUCGCUCUCCGUGCAGGACCUCCAGGCUUCCCAAAGUGCCUGUUACUGGCUGAAGGGUGUCCGCUACUCUGACAUCGGCACCCUGGCCUGGACGAUCACCCUGAGUGACGGCCUCCACAACUUCAUCAACGGCCUGGCCAUAGAUGCCUCCUUCACUGUGUCUGCUUUCCAAGGCAGCAGCACGUCGGUGGUCAUCCUCUGUGAGGAGUUCCCACACGAGCUGGAAGACUUUGUCGUCCUGCUCAAUGCUGGGAUGAGUAUCCAGCAAGCUCUGUUCUUCAACUUCCUUUCUGCCUGCUGCUGCUAUGUGGGUCUGGCCUUUGGCAUCCUGGCCGGCAGCCACUUCUGGGCCAACUGGAUUUUUGCACUGGCUGGAGGAAUGUUCUUAUAUAUUGCUCUAGCUGACAUGUUUCCUGAGAUGAAUGGGGUCUGCCAGGAGGAUGAAAGGAAGGGCAGCAUCUUGAUCCCCUUUGUCAUUCAGAACCUGGGCCUCUUGACCGGCUUCACCAUCAUGCUGCUCCUCACUAUGUACUCAGGGCAGAUCCAG